AAGCGAAAUGUUUCUAGAAUCGAAAUAAAAGAAAUUAUCUCUGUGGUUCAACCAGAGAGCGGUUGCGAAUUGUCAGUCGAGCCCUCCUAACCGCAUGCAGCAACACGGGAUGCCCUGGGACUUGGCUUUGAGAACAGGCAUAGUUUUAUUAUCAAUUUAUUAAACUACGUUUUGGCUUGCAAAGCGCUGAACGUAAGAACAGCGUUGUCCUUUUAGCAAGUCAAAUAUGAGUACCAACCUCGGCUUUCCCUUCAUUCAAACAUGUCAUCAACUGAACCGUUUAGACCUUGGACGGUCACAUUGUACAAAGGCACUGUGACCGCUGUCUUCAUAAACCAGUAGGAGUGAUGGAAAGUAAGUUACCAGCAACAAAAUGGCGGACUCUCUGGCUAGCGAUUCUUGUGUACUAUGUUUACGGAGUGAAUGAGGCCCACUGUGAUAUCCUGCCUGUGCGACCCAUCCACCAUAACAACACUGCAUUACGUCAGGUACUGGAGGCGCUGACAGCCAAGUAUCCUAACAUCACACGGCUGUAUUCCAUUGGUAAAUCCUACCAGGGCAAGAGCUUAUGGGUAAUCGAGAUCACAAAGAAUCCUGGGAAACAUAUGCCCGGCAAACCUGAGUUCAAGUACGUGGCAAAUAUGCAUGGAAACGAGGUUGUGGGACGCGAGUUGCUUUUGCAGUUAGCUGACCAUUUGUGUUCAAACUACGGGCGCGACCAGAGGAUAACGAAACUAAUUGAUACAACUCGAAUACAUCUGUUACCAUCAAUGAACCCUGAUGGAUGGGAGAGUUCUCAUGUGGGCUGCACGGGGAUUAAAGGUAGAUUCAACGCAAACGGGGUGGAUUUAAAUAGAAAUUUUCCAGACCCUUAUGAAGGACAAACUAAUGAACUGCAGCCGGAGACACAAGCUAUUAUGAACUGGAUUCAUCGGGAACCAUUUGUUCUGUCAGCAAACUUACACGGUGGGACAUUAGUUGCCAACUAUCCAUUUGACAACCUCCCAAGUGAGCUCAAGAGGUCCGCUACUAGAGUAUACUACAGCUCCCCGGAUGACGACAUUUUUGUCAAUAUCGCCAAACUUUAUUCUUAUACACAUCCCACAAUGCACAACGGGAAUCCUCUAUGUCCGAUCCAGAGAACAGAGAAGUUUCCUGACGGGAUCACAAACGGUGCAGCUUGGUAUCCAAUUUCUGGAGGAAUGCAGGACUACAAUUAUUAUAAAACAAACUGCUUCGAGAUCACUCUGGAACUUGGUUGCUGUAAGUACCCCCCGGCUCGUUACCUCUACUCCUACUGGCGCGCAAACCGAGAGGCCUUGCUCAAGUACAUCGAAUUGGUGCAUAACACAGGAAUAAGGGGCUUUGUUUUUGACGAGAAGGGCCGUCCGAUUGAAGGCGCGAAAAUCAUCAUCGAGAACCGCGCCAAAAAGGUAAAGACCUAUAAGGAUGGGGACUAUUGGCGUUUAUUAGUGCCUGGAAGUUACAUCGUCCGAGUGGCUAAAAAAAAAUACAAAAAUUCAAGAAAGACAAUCACGAUUGAUCCAGAUGCCAUCGCAUAUGCUAACUUCACUCUUGUAAGGAAGAGAUCGAAGAAUCUUAACAGGCGUCGACCAGUUACGAAGAUGAAUCCUGUGGCUCAGCCGUUCAAGUCACCCAAUAACGUGUCUUUCCACAAGAUUGUCACUCACAGGGAUAAACUACGGCUAUCAGCAAAGUCUCCAGGAAAGUCUGCUUCUACUGUGUCGCGUCUUUCCAUCAUGGCUAGUCUUGUUUGCUUUGUUUUAGUCGCUCUAUUGAAAUAACCUACGUUUUUCUUAUUGUAACAUUUCUGCAUUACAUUUCAUUUUGUAAAAUGGCCAUUGACUUGCAGUAAAUUUCUUUUAUUUUCAGAAUUCAUUUCUAAAAUUUCGAAUUGAGUAUCGAAACCAAAGCGGUAAUCUAUCGUUUUGCUGCUCUACGCCCCUUGACUAGGCGAAAAAUAUCUUGCCACUAUCUCGUACUUUCCGAUGCAGAUAGAAAGCCAAUUCCACACAGCGGUCAAAGGUCUGUGGGUGUGCGAUCGUUGUAAUGACUAGGUAAAGUGCUUUCAGGCUGUCAAAACCAAAUUGUCUCACACGAGUUACGAACAACCACAAAAGCCAAUAAGUUACUUGAAUAAGAUUGGUGUGCGAAAAGUCUCGAGUUUUCCUUUUCCACAUUUUUGUUUCCUUUUACAGACUUACAGGACCGUUUCUAUUUUAUUUCGCUGACUUUGUGAGACAGCGGUUGUUUCUUAUCUUUCCUUUAAAGGUUUUCGCGGGAAUCGGCGCACGGCCAGUCAGAAUUGAUCCUCUAGCGCAUGGCGGACCUUUGACCGCUGUGUUAACCAGCUCAGUUGUGUUUUCCCGCGUUUGAGGUCAAAUAUGAGUGUUUACUAUGAGUUCUCAUUUACUCUUGAAAUAUUGACUUUUGUACUGGUCGGCCAUUGUGAUUAUUUUGGUUUUGGCUAUAAAAUCAAUUGAGAAAUGCUCUUACAUUUUCAAACUUUUUAUUUUACUUUGUAUAAAGGUCAUUGACUCCCUAGUACUUUACAGAAUAUAUCACGUCUUCUGUUUGUUUUAAUUUGUAAAACUAAGUCGUAUUUUUCACGCGAGUUUAACAAUUGUUAAACUGAAGGUAUGUGCAAAUUUAAAGGCAGGUGACAAGAGGUCACACAGAUUUAGUUGCUUUAUUUCUUUUGAUUUAAUCACUACGAGGAUUGGAAUGAUAAUCACGACGAGGAUUGGAACGAUUAAAGAAUAUUCCCAAAGAAAAAUUUGAAAGAUUUCCUUACCGCAAGCAAGACAUAGCUUCUUCUGAACAAGCUUUAAUUUCUUUAUUUCUUUUUACUUGCAUACGUUUUGUUCACGGAUUUUAGGUUUAUUGUUUAUUUUAUGCUUACAUUGGACUGUAUAAUGUAACGAAACAUUUAUAAUAAAUCAGUAAUUUCGAUAGUUUUAACCAUGAAGAGGCAAUAUUUAUCAACCCAGCUGGAUAAAUAAAAAGAAAGUUUUAGUUACCUAUUAGAAAUUAAGAGUUUUCUCCAGACAUCGAGACAAGAGCUGGCGAACUGGACUUCGGAUCUCCUGUUCCUUGGCCGGGUCAGCCCGUUAUGCUCUUAGGCAGGAGUCUUUAUUGGCAAGGCCCCUCUUCAAACAGAACUGUAUGUUAUUAGCGGUUACUCACGCGGAAUGGCAAGGUGACCGCUUAACACAGGUUGGGCGCACAACAAAGGUUCCACAGAAGAGGGGCAGUAUAUGACAGAAAAAGAUAAGAUCAAAAACGCCAUUUCAUGCUAUAAUUUAUCAUUUAAUGCACAAACGCUCGCUCAAAAAUGUUAAUAACAUUAAUUUUGUGUAAGAAACAUGGAUUAAAUUUUACUUGAAAGAUUA